GUUUGCAGAGUGGCUGGCUGAGUUUGCAAACUCCACAGGCAGCCGUUUCAACUUGGUCGCUGCUCUCGUGGAGUUCUUCCGUUCCACUGGGGGGCGUUGGGGAGCGCAAAGCUUAUCUUCCAACCCGCAAAGUGAAGAGGAAAGGAAAGGCCUGGUGCAUUUCAUUCGGCCCAACCGCGAUGUUGCUCAACUCCGAUUGAGUAGCGUGCUGUCCAUCGCAGCUCAAUUCCUGGAUGGCUCUCUGAAGAAGGAGUUCAUUUUCUCCUCCCUUCGGAGCAAGGCUGAGUGGAAAGUCGACGUAGACAUGAACGGCACCUACAGCCGAUGGUUUGGGCGUUGGUCUGGGGAGACUGCCGAAGCUGUUCGGUCCCAGGUUAUCUGGGAGUUGACGCCUCUGUGCCACUUGAAAGGUGUGGCUGAUUUGGCAGCAAAAGUUCAGGAUGGAAGCAGCGGAGAGGCAAUGAUUGUCAUCAAUGCCUGCAAAGCCUUGCAAGUCAUGAAGAAUUGGGCUCUCCUGGCUCGGAGCGCCCUGCCCACACAUGUGGGAAUU